AUGGCUUCAAUCUCCCCGAGGAAGUCUACGCGCGCCGCUGCGACGCGCCGAAAGGCACCCGUUGUCGACGAUUCGGACCACGAGGAAAACAGGACACCGACACCCGAAGUCAAGCAGGAGGCAGACGAGGAGGAAUUCACACCAGCACCAGCACCGCUCAAGACGGGCCGGGGGCGGGGAAGGCCGCGGAAGACUGCAGCCCAGAAUGAAGAAGCGACGCCCAAACCCACGACGAGGCGGCGGACUCGCGUCACUGAGUCGGUCGAGCCCACGCAGACGCUGACCCCCGCGACAGAGAGGACCACGAGGGUGGCUUCACCCUCCAAGGCAGUGCCCAAGAAGCGUGGAAGGAAGCCCCGUUCCUCUGUUGCCCCAGCAUCCGUCGAGGAGGACUCCCAUUUGCUCACGCCUGAGCCCUCGAUAUCUCCUGAGCCUGAAGUUGAGCAGGCCUCCGAAGCCACGAUUACACCAAGCUCACCGCUCGCUGGUGCUACAGACGACACGGCGGAAGAUGUCGCCAACGACGCGGCGAGCGACGUUACAAUGACCGAUCGAACGCCAGAGCCGGCACCCGAGCCAGAACCCGUGCCCGAGCCAGUCGCUGAGGUUGCACAGAUAGAAGCGAAAGAGGAGACACCGGUACCAGAGCCAAAGAUGGAGGUUGAUACAUUACCAGAGCCCCAGCCGCCGGCCAAGGUCGCCGAGGAACUCAGCACGCAGCAAACCAUGCUUGAGCCCAUAGAUAUCGUGGUCAAGAGACGAGCGGCUGCCAUUCCAGCGCUGCACGAGCCAGUGGCGCCCAAGCAGCGGACAGUCAUCACCUGGCUUGUCCUCAACAACUUCAAGAGUUAUGCUGGUCGGCAGGAGGUUGGGCCCUUCCACGCCUCCUUCUCCUCCGUCGUGGGUCCCAACGGUUCCGGAAAGUCAAACGUCAUCGACUCGCUCCUGUUCGUCUUUGGCUUCCGCGCAAGCAAGAUGCGUCAGAGCAAGCUUUCCGCCCUCAUCCACAACUCAGCCGCCUUCCCAGAUCUGGAUUAUUGUGAAGUCGAAGUCCACUUCCAAGAAGUCAAAGACCUUGCAAACGGCGGCCACGAAGUCAUCCCUGACUCGCAGCUCGUAAUUUCCCGCAGAGCAUUCAAGAACAACUCGAGCAAAUACUACAUCAACAAGAAGGAGUCUACAUUUACCAUUGUCACGAAUUUGCUCAAAGACCGGGGUGUGGAUCUCGAUCACAAGCGCUUCUUGAUCUUGCAGGGCGAGGUUGAGUCGAUUGCGCAGAUGAAGCCAAAAGCACAGGGCGAACAUGACGAUGGUCUGCUUGAGUACCUCGAAGAUAUUAUCGGCACAUCCAAGUACAAGACACCUAUCGCUGAGUCUGAGGUCGAAGUGGAGAACCUGAAUGAAGUAUGUCGGGAAAAAAGCAGCCGUGUGCAGCACGUCGAAAAGGAGAAGAGCGGACUGGAAGAGAAGAAGAACAAGGCGCUUGCCUACAUCCGUGACGAGAAUGAGCUGGCCUCAAAGCAGUCCACCCUCUACCAGAUCUACGUCUCCGAGUUCGAUGAUCACAUUCAAGUCGCACAAGAGUCCGUCGGUCAGCUCCAGGCGCAAUUGGACGACGAGUUACAAAAACACCAGGGGAGUGAAGAAGAGAUCAAGGAACUGGAGCAACGAUACAAGAAGGGCGUGAAAGAGUGCGAUCAACUCGAGAAGAGAAACCAGGAGUACCAGAAAGAAGUGGCCCGUGUCGACAAGGAGACGGUCAAAUUUGAAGAGAAGAAGAAGUUUCUGGCUGGUAAGCAGAAGAAGCUAGAAAAGACCAAAGAGACAAGUGGCUAUGGUCGUUCUGAAGCGGAGAGUCUUGCGAAGCAGUAUUCCGCGGAUGUCGAGCGCUACAACGAGGAGAUUGCUGAGCUUGAGCAGAGCAUGGAGGUCGAAGCGAAGGAACUCGAAGUUGUUCGCAAGAGCUUGGCUGGUAAAACUCAGGGUCUCUCGGAUGAGAUCGCGGCAAAGCAGAAGUCUUUGGAACCUUGGAGCGCCAAGAUUAACGAAAAACAAUCGGCUAUUGCAGUCGCGCAGAGUGAAUUGGACAUUAUGCGCGAGCGUGAGAAUGCUGGCGCAAAGGGCAUCGCCGAAGUUGAGGCAAAGAUUGAAAGCUUGGAAGAAGCGAAACAGACCAAGGCUGCCGAGCUUGACGAAUGCAAAGCCGAAAGGAAGCGUGUCGAAAAGGAGGUUCGGAAGACACAGGCUAAGCUUGAGGAGAUAACUCAACAAGAGCCAUUGCUGAGAUCGAAGCUUUCUGGCGCAAGGGCUAAGGCGGAUGAAGCUCGUGCGAGCCUUUCUUCGGCUCAGACCCAGGGCAACGUUCUGACAGGCCUCAUGCGCCUGAAAGAAUCAGGACGUAUUGAUGGCUUCCACGGUCGACUCGGAAAUCUUGGUACCAUCGACCAGAAGUACGAUGUUGCUAUCUCUACAGCCUGUCCACAGCUGGACAACAUGGUUGUAGACACUGUGGAGUCUGGUCAGCAGUGCAUUGAGUACCUGCGGAAGAACAACCUUGGUCGCGCCAACUUCAUUCUUCUGGACCGCCUCGCGAAGCGUGACAUGUCCCCAGUUCAAACACCCGAAAACGUGCCGCGUCUUUUUGAUCUUGUUAAGCCUAAGCACGAAAAGCUCAAGCCCGCAUUCUUCCAGGUCAUGACAAAUACACUCGUAGCUGAGAAUCUCGAUCAAGCUGAGCGUAUCGCGUAUGGCGCAAAGCGAUGGCGAGUCGUCACUCUGGACGGCAAGCUUAUCGACACCGCGGGUACCAUGAGUGGUGGUGGAAGCAGAGUGGUCAAGGGAAAGAUGUCCUCCAAGCUUGCGUCUGACGUCUCAAAAGACCAGGUUACAAAGCUUGAGCAUGAUCGGGACGCGCUCGAACAGACUUUCGCCGAGUUCCAGCAAGAGCUGCGGGAGCUUGAGACUGCGCUGAGAAAUCUCAAUCAGCAAAUACCUGAAUUGGAUACCAAGUCGCAAAAGCUUGCGCUUGAACUGGAGAGCUUCGAUCGCAAUAUUGCAGAUUGUCAACGUCGCAUCGCAGAGUUGGGCAAUGAACAAACGUCCACAAAGACUGACAAGGGACGCAUCGCAUCACUGGAAAAGAACAUCGCCUCAAUGGAGAAGGAGGUCGCUAAGCUCCGUGCCGAGACUGAAGACAUCGAAGCCGAGAUCAAAGGUCUUCAGGACAAGAUUAUGGAGAUUGGUGGAGUCAAGCUACGAGGUCAGAAGGCCAAGGUCGAUGGUCUAAAAGGGCAGAUUGACACUCUGACCGAGCAAGUAUCAAAUGCCCAGGUCGCCAAGUCAAAAGAAGAGAAGCAGCGUGCUAAGCACGAGAAAGCGCACAACGAUGCUAUCAAGGAGCUGGAAAAGCUCGCUAUCGAUGCAGAGCAGGUUGAAGAGGACAUGGCUUCGCAACAACGCGAUGUUUCCGGAAUUCGACAACAAGCUGAAGAGGCGCAAGAAGAGCUUGAGACCAGGAAAGAGGAGCUGCAGGUAGUCAAGAAGGAUCUUGACGAGAAGUUAGCGGAACUCAACGAGACGCGUGCAGUCGAAAUCGAAAUGCGCAACAAGCUCGAAGAGAGCCAGAAGACUUUGAAUGAGUACCAGAAGAAACAAGCCUACUUCCAUGACAAGCUGAGCAAGCUCUCGUACCAGAGCGUUACCGACCUGGGCGAAGAGCAGGAGGGUGAAGGUCAGGGCCUUCCAUCUUACAGUAAAGACGAGCUUCAAGACAUGGACAAGGCCACCCUCAAAGACCAAAUCGCCCACUUGGAGAAGAAGAACGAAUCCACACAAGUCGACCUAGCUGUCCUCGCCGAAUAUCGCAAGCGUGUCGAAGAGCACGCCGCACGCUCCACAGAUCUCGCCUCUGCUGUCAGCGCCCGUGACGCAGCAAAGCAUAAAUGCGAAGAGCUCCGACGCCUCCGCAAGGAAGGUUUCAAGGCUGGGUUUGACAUCAUCACUGCCCGCCUUAAGGAGAUGUACCAGAUGAUCACCAUGGGUGGUAACGCCGAACUGGAAUAUGAGGAUACACUUGACGCCUUUUCCGAGGGCAUUCGCUUCUCCGUCAUGCCUCCGAAAAAGUCAUGGAAGAACAUCAGCAACUUGUCUGGUGGUGAGAAGACGUUGAGUUCUCUGGCUUUGGUAUUUGCUCUACAUCACUACAAGCCUACGCCAUUGUAUGUCAUGGACGAGAUUGACGCAGCCCUGGACUUCCGAAACGUGAGCAUCGUGGCGAGUUACAUCAAAGAGAGGACGAAGAAUGCUCAGUUCAUUGUCAUCUCACUCAGAAACAACAUGUUCGAGCUUGCGUCGCGGUUGGUGGGCGUUUACAAGGUUAAUCAUAUGACGAAGAGUGUUACGAUUGAAAACAAAGACUAUAUCACCGGACGGGCUUGA